CGAAGUAACAUCGGGUACCUGCGUGUGUGUGUGCGACAUAUAUUACACCUUGCAAUGGAAUACCUUAAUAUUCAGGGCUGCUGGGAGAGUAUUGCACUUUCUUGAUGAAUCUCUAGAAAGUAAAGGAAACGGCCUUCCCGUCUGUGAUCUUUAUUCUUGUCCCGCGCCCGAGGUAUUUACGUCACAAUACUUUUAUGCACGGGUUUUGCAUGUAUUUACAGCGAUGGAGCUGCGUGUGGGGAACAAGUACAGACUAGGCCGUAAAAUAGGCAGUGGCUCGUUUGGAGAUAUCUACCUGGGAACCAACAUUUCUACCGGGGAGGAAGUCGCAAUCAAGCUAGAAUGUAUAAAAACCCGGCACCCGCAACUGCACAUAGAGUCCAAGUUCUACAAAAUGAUGCAAGGUGGAGUUGGGAUCCCCACGAUCAAGUGGUGUGGCUCGGAAGGUGACUACAAUGUGAUGGUUAUGGAGCUACUUGGACCAUCACUAGAAGAUCUCUUCAAUUUUUGUACACGGCGAUUCACUCUGAAGACUGUACUUCUUUUAGCUGACCAAUUAAUAUCCCGCAUCGACUACAUCCACAGCCGCAACUUCAUCCACCGCGACAUCAAGCCCGACAACUUCCUGAUGGGGCUGGGCAAGAAGGGCAACCUGGUGUACAUCAUCGACUUCGGCCUGGCCAAGAAGUACCGGGACGGCCGCACGCACCAGCACAUCCAGUACCGCGAGAACAAGAACCUGACUGGCACGGCGCGCUACGCCAGCAUCAACACGCACCUGGGCAUAGAGCAGAGCCGGCGCGACGACCUGGAGUCCCUGGGCUACGUGCUGAUGUACUUCAACCGCGGCUCGCUGCCCUGGCAGGGGCUCAAGGCUGCCACCAAGCGCCAGAAGUACGAGCGCAUCAGCGAGAAGAAGAUGUCCACCUCCAUCGAGGAGCUGUGCAAGGGCUACCCAGCGGAGUUCCCCACGUACUUGAACUACUGCCGCUCGCUGCGCUUCGAGGAGCGGCCCGACUACUCGUACCUGCGCCAGCUGUUCCGCACGCUGUUCCACCGCCAGGGCUUCACCUACGACUACGUCUUCGACUGGAACAUGCUGAAAUUCGGUGGCUCGAGACAUGGCGGCGCGGAGGAGCCCCGGGAGAGACGCUACACGUCGCGCACGGGCCAGGCCACUGCCGCCACCACGGCGGCGGGCGGGGGCACCAGCCGGCGCACCCAGACCGCCUUCGACCUGGUGAACAGCCCGCCGGGCGCCACUCCCCCCGUCACCACCGCCAGCCCCACCGCAGCGUCGCCGCGCGGGCGCGCGGGAGAGACCCAGGAGCGGCGGGUGAGCAUGCGCCUGCACCGCGCGGCGCCCAACGCCUCCGCGCCCGACCCGAACGCCCGGACGCCAGAGGCUGCCAAGCAGACCAACGCCACCGCAACUCCGACGGCACCCCCAGUGUCGGCCGGCCGUAGGACGGCGCGCCACCUCCCGCCCGCCACAGACAACAUCCCCGUUUGAACGGUUCGGCCGAGCGUGUGGCGUGUCGGCACCCCUGGACCCGAGCGGAGUGCGUUUCCAUGAAGUUUGACAAGUUCACCCACCUUGCAAUUUUAUAUAUAUGAUAUAUAUAGUACAUAAAAUAAGUGUAUAUGUGUAAACCAAGCCUUCGUAACUUAAAUGAGGACAGUUUUUUUUGUGUGUGAGUUUUUAAUGUAUAUAAAGUACAAUAUUAAAAAAAAAAUAUAUACAUGUAAAUACAUAGCUAUGUAAUGUACGAUACAAGAGGGCGGACCUGAACGCGGUUUGGUUGCCGGUGUGAGCGGCGAGCGGUACAUUCUCGUGUGUGUGUUUCCGUUGAUUCAUAUCUCUACCAAGCUUCAAUUUUUAUAGCUGACGAAAACUUGUAGAAAAUUUGUCUAGCGAUAUUUAGUUCCCACAUGAUGUAAUAUAUCGUGACGUGUGAGCCAUCAAGCAAGUGGACAAGACGGCGAUUUUUGAUAUUUAUUGUUGAUUGUGGGAAUGGCGUCAAAGUGUUUUUAAAUUAAUAACGACCAUCGAGGUAUAUUAAAUGGUUUCAAUGUGAUCACGUUAAGUUUCGUUUUUGUAAGUUGAGUAGCACUUAUUGUAUUGCAAGAACAUUGGUACAAGGCUGUAAGAAUGCAGUGCUUUAAGUAAGAGUGGCAUUAUGCUUCGGGCUUUCACUAGGGCUGUCUGGGAUCCAGGAACUCGAGAAAUGUUUAAGGAACAAUAUGUAUUUGUUUUCAGGAUUGUAUAGGGUUAUUUGUUAGGUGGUUAUCUUCUCUUUUUAUGUGACAGUGUAAAUUUUGAGAAGAUUACUAUAAUACAGUUUGUCUUAACACCGUAAUUGGGAGACAUAACAGCCAUGUUAUUGGCUAUCAGUAAACCGGCUGUCAGUGCAGGUUCAAGGGAAGGAAGUUUUUACCGUUUUCUGUUUUCCUAUACUUCGCCUAAAACAAACCAAAAAAUUUGUUCAUAAAAUCUUACGAAAAACAUUAUAUAAAAGAGAAUUUCUUUUUUGACACAUUGAAAGAAACAAAUAAAGCAAACAAUUUUUAAUUGUUUCAGACGUUUAUAAUAUAUUUAAAUUCAGCUGAAAGCGGUUCAGAGCUCAAUAUUUUUAAAAAACGGUCCAAUCGUUUCUUCAGAGAUAGUGAGUGCACUUGCAUUAUAUACCACAUUUAAAACCGCGCACAAUUUUUUUACAUGUGUGUGUUGAAAAAGCAUGGCAAUGUGGCUUAUUCGUAACUUGGCAACGCUGCCUAUCACAAGUGCCUUCGAAAUCCAAGUUGUGAGAGAAAUGUUAAUUGAAGGUUUACGGUUGCUGAAUGAAAAACUUAAAAUUAUUUAAAUUGCUCUGAAAAUGGACAGUUGUGCUGUGGGAAGGAAAGUACUCUGUGACGGAAAGUCAUGCGACUGGGGGGGGGGGGGGGGGGGUUUGUUCAUUGUAAAUGAAUAAAUAUACAAUUCAUGAUAACUAAUGGUCAAUUAGGUUAGGUUAGCUACAUUAUAAAUACCUACUUUAAAACAUUGUGGACGGUUGAUUUGGUUAGGAUAGCUACAUUAAAAGAUACUGCGAAAUCAUGUAAACAAAAAAGCAAGCACGAACUUCGGGGAACUUCGGGUUUGGCUCUCUCGUCUGUGAAAAGAAGGCUUGCCAACGUGAGUAUUCGGGUCUGUGCAAUGCAGAAUGUACAUCGUAGGCUUCCCGUUGAGUUAAACUGGACUGCAAUAGUGGUAGUUGUUGCUAGUGGGCUGUGAUGUUGAUUGCAACACGAAUGUGCUCUAAGGCUUCACUGUCCAAGGAAGUCACUGGUGUUUGUAUAACAUCUGUUGUUUCCAUUGGGAAUUUAGGGAAAAUUAGAAUGUGGUCAGUUUAUUUAUUUAUUUUUUUUGUGGGCUCAGUCGUGACUAAUGGAAAGGCCUUACAUCAAAGUUUAGUCAUUACGUAUAACAUUAAAAGUGGUAUGAUAUAAAAAUCUUGACGUGCAAUGUUCUCCUUCUAUUAAUAAUGUUCACAGGCUUUCACGGCCAUUGUCUGAAGUAGCUUGGCUUCUGGGCUGUAGCUGCGUCCUUGGCGAAUAAUUCACUGGCGUUUCGGUCGACACUGCAGUCGCCUUCAUACCUAGAAGGUAACUGCUCCCUGAUGAUGGCGACUGCAAUGUCAACUGAAACGUCAGUGAAUUAUUUGCCAAGGACAUGUCUACAACCCAGAAGCAAAGCUACUUCUCCUUCUAUUAUUUUAAUAAUCAGUGUUCAAAACUACAUGUGUUCGAACGGAAGCCAUGAUCUACUUCAAGUUAGAACGGUCGUUCACUUUUAGGUGAGUUAACUACUGCCUGGGAUAUAAUGAAUGUAGUCUCUGUGACUUAAUCAUUAACAUCACCCUGAAUUUCUGUGACUAAAAUAGCUGCUCGGGAAAGUUAUAUUUGUUGGGACAUUUUAGAUUUUUUGCCAACCAUGGUCCCUCUAUGGCAUUUAUUUAGGUUUGUUGUUUUGUUGAAGGUGUUUCUGAUUGGUACUUCUUGCCAGACGGAACUAAUGUCUGAUCUCAUGAACGUGAUGUGGUGAUGUGGAGGACUUGUAGGUUGUUAUUCGCACGCACCUGGCCGGCUAGCUGUACCGUGUGUGUGGCACGUCUCACUGCUUUUCUAGUUUCAAGUGUGGGUUUAGACUCUUUAGAUUUUUUUUAUUCAAGUUUAUUUCUCAUUAAAUUUAUUUCAAAUGAGUUAUGAAAUGCAUUUACAUUUACAGUAAUAAAUAGUAGUAAACUGCUUGUGAAUGCAGGUUUAGAUAAUUUUCAGUGAACCUUCAUGAAGCAUGCGUUGAUAAAUGGGGGGGGCGGGGGGGGGGGGGGGGGGGGCAAAUUUUAGUUCGAAAACCUUUCUUUUCCUCUUUCUUGUUUCCCCCAAUGCCCGUUCAUUCUACUGCUGUUUUGUUUUGUGUUCUGGUGCGAGGUUUUAGGAAGGGGGAAAGAUAUUUACAGUUUUGGGUAGCAUUUUUUUUGUGAUGGAAGCCCAAAAAAGUAUUAUUUUAUCAUUUAUAUAAUCAAGGAGGUAAAAAAACACAAAUUAGUAAGAGUAACAACAAAAGCUGAGAGUUCAUUCUUGAUUGUGAAGAGGUAUACAUACCUGGAACUGGAGUUGACCACAGCUGGAUCUCGACGGAACGAGCAUGGUUAAAAUUUGAAGGUGGAUCUGAGAUUUGAGCAUGCACCACGUAACAGUUUUCCCCUAAAAUGAGUACAAUUUUAAAAAAAUUCUAGGCUAAAUUUGGUGUCCAAGUUUCUUAUUAUAAUAAUUGUACAUGCCACAUGAAAACACAUGAAUUUCCUUUAAUACCAAGGUUAGAUGACACAUCACUGGGGAGUGCUUGAACACUCUCUAACACAGGGACGGUGGAAGCUGGGUUAUCUUUAUUCCUUUCAGAUAAUUGCAAAAUAGAUAAAUUAUUUUUUUUUUUUUUUUGAAAAAUUAUUAAGGAGAUUUUUCAACAUAUUUGUGUGGACACACUGGUAAUUAAUUUUUUUAAUGAGACAAAUGCUGUGUACUUUUUCUAUGUAUGGAGCAGCUACGUAUUUACAACGUUUCAAACUAUGCGGCGUUGGUUCCAAACAUGCCGGAUUAAAGACUCGUUCUCUGUAGCCAAGUUCAGUAUCGUAUAAAGGCACAACAGGUUUGUAGCUAUUAUGUAUUUAGUUUUGGGAAGGUAUAAAAGAGAUGCAAAUAAACUGUCUUGACAUGACAGGGUUUGCUCACGUAAGCAAAAUAGACCCAAGUGCACAAAUUCCUGUUUAUUAUUUGAAACGAGACACAUCUCAGAAGACGUUUUGGCAUGCAACUUGAAAUAAUUCAAGUUGAUACAUAAGAUUGUUCCAGUCGUAAUGACUAAAAUAUUAGUGCGUGGACUCUUGUUCCUGGCCACUCGCGCUGCUAGCCGAAGCGUAGUUCGACCCAGAGUCUGUGAAGCAAUGCUGCCAACUGCAGGUUUGAGCAGGAGCCACAGUGUUUUUGGGAAUGUCUCGACAGGAAAUACUUCACUCCCUGUAAUGAUAGUUUUAAAAGAAGGCUAUUGUACCAAUGUUGUUGUGAUACAGCUCUUUGUGUGUCUGUUUUGUUUUCCUUUUUUUUCACUGUACAGUUCAAAAAAAAUUUGUGGUUGUUUCCCAAACAUGUAAAUGUGUGGAUGUUUUGUAAAGCAUAAGAGUGACAAAUGUAUGUGUAGACUCCCAAAAUAAAACUAUUUAUGUGUUUUUAAUGCUGUGAAAAGAAAAAAAAGAACUACGUAUUGUCCGAAGCAUUUUGUGUGUGUGUGUGUGUGUGAUCUUGUGUGCAUGGAGCUUGCUUUAGAUGUGUCAUGAAUUCACCAUCAAUAAACUUGUCCGAGAAUUUAUUUUUUAUUUUUUGCAAUUUGGUUGGUUACGUUGUUUUGUAUUCACAUUGUAUGUGACCUUGUGAAAUGCUGUUUUGUGACGUAUUCUCGUCACAGACGGUGCGUUGUGAUUGGACCGUUGGUUCUUUUUUUUUUUUCGUGUUGUGGUGGUAUGCGUCAUGUUUUGUAACAUUUCGCUCACGCUUGCACGUUGGGAUGUAAGAGUAAAUAAAGAUACUAAGUGAGUGGGAACUGUGACCACACCAACUUCUGAUUUGUCCGACAAACACUUUGUUUUUAUUUUGCUGUCGAUGUGUAUAGUACAGUGCAUCUUUUAUACAUAAUAAACUGUAAAAGUGAA